AUGGCUCCUUCGAGAGAAGCGGGAGGCUCCCUCUCCUCUCCAUCUCUCCCUCCAGGGCUGCUGAGCCGUUACCCCCAGCAGGACAGUGACUCCUUCCCCCUGCCCGACUCCGUCCCCGUCUUCUGCCUUCCCAUGGGGGCCACCAUCGAGAGCUGGCCGGCCGACACCAAGUACCCCCUGCCCGUCUUCUCCACCUUCGUCCUGACGGGCGCCUCGGGUGACAAGGUUUACGGCGCCGCCAUCCAGUUCCACGAGGCCUUUCCCCGGGAACGGCUCUCGGAGAAGCAGAGUCUGAGGUUGGGGCUGCUGAGCGUGGUGGAUCGGAGGCCAGUGGCCGGGAGGUCCCUCCAGACCCUGAAGAGCAUCUGUGUCCUCUCCCAUUGGCCUUUCUUCGACGUCUUCCGCAAGUUCCUCAUGUUCAUCUACCGCUACUCCAUCUCGGGGCCCCACGUGCUGCCCCUGGAGACGCACAUCUCCCACUUCAUGCACAACGUCCCCUUCCCGUCCCCGCAGCGACCCCGCAUCCUGGUCCAGAUGUCCCCGUAUGACAACCUCCUGCUCUGCCGGCCCGUCUCCUCCCCACUGCCACUCAGCGGUGCCAGCUUCCUGACCCUGCUGCAGAACCUGGGCCCAGAGAACGCGGUGGCCCUGCUGGUGGCCGUCCUGACCGAGCAGAAGCUCCUGAUCCACUCCCUGCGCCCCGACGUCCUGACCAGCGUGGGAGAGGCCUUGGUGGCGAUGAUCUUCCCCCUGCGCUGGCAGUGCCCCUACAUCCCGCUGUGCCCGCUGGCGCUGGCUGACGUGCUGUGUGCCCCCGUGCCCUUCAUUGUAGGCAUCCACUCCAGCUACUUCGACCUCUAUGAGCCCCCUCGGGAUGUCAUCUGCGUUGACUUGGACACCAACACCAUCUUCCAGAGCGAGGACCGCAAACUCCUGCCCCCCCGCGCCCUUCCCCGCCGCCCCUGCAAGGUUCUGCUGACCACGCUGCAGACCCUCACCCAGCAGCUGGACCAGACCUGCAGCGGGCCCGGGGAGGAGGUGCCUCUGGUGAGCGACGUGGAGGCCGCGCGGGGCCGGCGGGCGCAGCUGGAGCUGGAGGGACGCGCGGCCUUCCUGCGCUUCAUGGCCUGCGCCCUCCGCGGGUACCGCUCCUUCCUGCGCCCCAUCGCCCCCCACCCCGCGCCCCCCGGCAGGGACACCCGCAGCCUCUUCGCCAUGCAAGCCUUCCUCAAGUCCCGGGAGCGGGCGUAUCACCGCUUCUACGGGCAGCUGCUGCGCACCCAGCUCUUCACCCAGUUCAUCGAGGACUGCUCCUUCGCCAGUGACCGUGACCCCUGCCUCGAGUUCUUUGACACCUGCGUGGACAAGGUGCAGGCGGAGCUGGAGAAGCCGGAGGACACCCCCCUGAUGGAGCUGGAUGACCCCCGGGGGGGGGAGCACACGGUCUUCAUCACCCCCCCUGAGCAGCCCGCUGGGCCCGAUGGUACCGAGCUGCCGGCCCGGUACCGCUAUGAUGGGUUCCCCACCCUGCGCCCUGAGCUUCUGGAGCCCCCCCGGGACCCCUUGGUGGCCCAAUUGUGCCAGGCCAGGAGCAGUGCCCCCAGCAGCCCCGCCCCGCGCCGCACCAAGCAGGAGAUGAAGGUGGCCCAACGGGUGGCUCAGAAAUACUCCUCAGUACCGGACAUGUGGGCCAAGUGCCUCUUGGGUCACUGCUAUGGCCUUUGGUUCCUCUACCUCCCCACCCACGUCCGCGCCGCCCCCGCCAAGCUGCGGGCUCUGCAGUUGGCCUACGAGGUCCUGCGCAAGAUGGAGACCCACAAAGUGGUGCUGCCCGACGAGGUGUGUUACCGCAUCCUGAUGCAGCUCUGUGGGCAGUACGGGGAACCCGUCCUCUCCGUGCGGGUGCUGCUGGAGAUGAAGCGCGCGGGCAUCGUCCCCAACACCGUCACCUACGGCUACUACAACAAGGCAGUUCUGGAGAGCAAGUGGCCAGCAGGCACCCAGGGGGGGCGGCUGCGCUGGGCCAAGCUGCGGAACGUGGUGCUGGGGGCUGCUCAGUUCCGGCAGCCCCUGCGGCAGCGCCGGGCGACCACCCCCACCCCCCCGGCUCCCCGGGCCCCCCGCCCCAGCCUGCAGCGCCAAACCACCUGGGCCGGACGCAGCCUGCGGGACCCCCCCCCAGCCCCCCGUCUGGUGAAGAGCGGCAGCCUCAGUUUCCCCAGGGGUGCUAGUGGGGAGGGGGGGCCCAGAGAGCCCCUCGCCCCCCGGACCCCCCUUAUUCCAUCAGCCCCCGACCCCCUGCCCCCUCCCCAGCUGCGGGGCCCCCCCAGUUCGGCUGACGGGAGCCUCUCAGACCUCAGCUUCGCCACCGAUGAGAGCGACCGCGGGGGGGACGAGGGCCCGGGGGCCCGGAAGGGGUUGGCGGCCAAACUGCAGCAGCUGCUGUCCCCUGGCAAACGGCCCCCCCUGCGCCCGGCUGCCAGCACCGAGCUCCCCGCCGCACCCCGUGAUGGCACCGGCACCGGUACCGGCACCCGCCGGGGCUCCGAGCAGCAGGACAGGGACCCCACCCCACGCCGCAGCCCCGCGGACAGCCUGCUGCGCCCCCGCCCCGAGUCCACUGCCUCUGAGAGCUCAGUCUCUCUGGGCAGUGAGCUGGACCUGUCAGACACCUCAGUGGGCAGCACUGGUGUCCCCAAAGCCCCCAAGCCACCAGGUGACGGUGUCACCGGGCAGGAGCCACCAGCUGUGGAGGUGCUGCUCUCCAGCUGCUCGCGGUGCCAGGGCUGCGGGGCGCUGGUGUACGACGAGGAGGUGAUGGCAGGCUGGACCUCUGAUGACUCCAACCUCAACACCUCCUGUCCCUUCUGCACCCGCCCCUUCGUCCCCUUCCUCAGCAUCGAGAUCCAGGACUUCCGACUGCCCCCCAGCUCCUCCGAGGACCCUUCCGUGUCCCCUCCUGCCCCACGGGGCCCCGUGCUCAGUGACCGCAGCCGCUGCCUCGCCCUGGACGAGGCCGAACCCGAGCUCUGCAAUGGCUGCACUGAACUGGUGGCACCCCAGCGGUCGGAGCGCGUGGCCUUCGCCUACCUGAGCCCUUUGGUGUUGAGGAAAGAGUUGGAAAGUUUGGUGGAGAACGAAGGGGGGGAGCUGCUGGCCAGGCCCGAGCUGGUGGACAGUCACCCCAUCAUCUACUGGAACCUGGUCUGGUACUUCCAGCGCCUGGAGCUGCCCAGCAACCUCCCCAGACUGCUCCUGGGGUCCCACCAUGUCCCCCCAACCCCCCAGGCCCAGUCCCCCGACCCCCCCAGUGUCCGCGUUCGCCUCCUCUGGGACGUCCUGGCCCCCGAGCCCGACACCUGCCCCCCGCUCUACGUCCUCUGGAGGCUUCACAGUAACAUCCCCACCCGGCUGGGGGGCUGGCGGCCCCGCGGCCCCCCCGUGUCUUUGGGUUUCCUGGAAGCGGUGCUGAGCCACGUGGGGCUGAACGAGGUCCACAAAGCCAUCACCCUCUUCCUGGAGACCCCCGCUGGACCCCGACAGCCCCAAAGGAGCAUCUACCGGGAAAUCCUCUUCCUGACGCUGGCGGCGCUGGGCAGGGAGCACAUGGACAUCGCUGCCUUUGACAAGAAGUACAAAGCUGCCUACUCCAAGCUGGCGGGGAGCCUGGGGAAGGAGGAGCUGCGGCGGCGGCGGGCGCAGCCCCCCAGCUCCAAAGCCAUCGACUGCCGCAAGAGCUUCGGGGCCACCCUCGAGUGUUAGUGGUGACCCUCCCCCUAAUUAAACACACCCCCCCUCGGUGACCCCCCCCACACCCACCCCGAGGGUUUUAUAUCAGUGUUAAUAUAUUUUUAUUUAUUUAUCCCCACCCCCGUGCAGCUCCGCUCCCUCCCCCAGCGCUGUCCCCCCCUCUCCCCAAACCCAGGGGGGGGGUUUUGGGGGUCACCCCCCCCUUCCCCAAAUCACCCUCGCACUGUGCAAUAGGAACCCCCCAACCUCCC